AUGAAUACCUAUCCAAAAAUCUCCCUUGCGGAGCUUCCAGAUGGCUCCCAACUGCAAAUGAACUUUCCCGAUACAACUUGGUUUAAGACUCAUGGAAAAACACAACAAUUCCCGACACACGAACACUUACUUUCCCUCGUUCCAAAGGAUUCUCAUUCAAACAUAGUGAAGUUUGAAGACCUCGGUCUUGUUGUCAAAUUCGGACGACGUGUCACUACAACGGAGGCCAUCAACCUUUGGGCUGUUCGUAGAAUCUUCCAGGAAGCUGUUCCGGAAGGAAAGGGCCCCUACGUCUUCAUCUACAUGAAACUCAUCCAGGGCCCCACGCUCCGAGAGCGAUGGCCUGAGCUGUCAAGCGCUGACAAGCAAGCAAUCUGUACUGAUCUACGUGCCAUGGUAUCUUCUCUUCGGAGCCUCCGGGACGGUGAAUCACAGAAAAUCAUUGGAACUAUAUGUCAUGGUGCUGGGGAAGAUAUCUGCGUGAAAGAAAUGCCUUCGGUAAGGCCGUUUCCUUCUCGGGCUGAGUUCCACGACUGGCUUUCCUGGUCGUGGCGCCGGCGUGUUCCAGAUUCACAAAGCAUCCCAGACCCGUGGAGGGUCUGCCUUCUAGACAAUGGGCCUAUCGUUUUUACGCAUGGUGAUCUACAUCGAGGUAACAUCAUUGUCAACGCCACGAGUCCUGCUAAGGUUGUCGCAAUCAUCGAUUGGCAGUUGUCAGGUUGGUAUCCGGACUACUGGGAAUACUGUAAAGCCUUGUUCACAGCAGAAUGGGGUAAAGAGUGGCGGGACUAUAUUCAUCAGUUCUUGGAUCCUUAUCCACCAGAGUUCGAGACAUUUGAUUUCUACAUGCGGACCAAUGGCAUGUUUUGAACUUUACCACUUCCAGCGGAAGCUCCAGUUUCA